AGAACUCUUAUUUGACCCAUCUUGCAACGGCGAGAUUUGUACCGAAUACUUUUUCUCCGACGAAACUAGCCACGGGAAUUUGUGUAGACUUCGCAGUCUCUAUAAUUAAUCAUCUGCCACCGCUACGCUCGACGACCUCCGACGGAGAGAAGAGAUGGCUCUCCACCAGCCCUACGACCCUUACUACCGCCCCCAACCACUACCCAUUCCAGAUUACGGCUACACCGUCGGUAAUAAAAACGAACGCGAUAUGAUUCGAACCCUAUUCGUGUCCGGCCUCCCAGACGACGUUAAAGCUCGUGAAAUUCACAAUCUCUUCCGCCGCCGUCCCGGCUUCGAGUCUUGUCAGCUCAAGUACACUGGUCGCGGAGAUCAGGUUGUUGCAUUUGCCACCUUUGUAGAUCAUCAAUCAGCAAUGGCAGCAUUGCACUCGUUAAAUGGUGUGAAGUUUGAUCCUCAAACAGGAUCCACUUUGCACAUUGAAAUUGCCAGAUCAAACUCCAGGAGGACAAAAAGACCAGGGAGUGGGCCCUAUGUUGUUAUUGAUAACAGAUCUAAAUCCAAUACAGAUGCCAAAGGCACUUCAAGUGAUGAAGAUUCAAAUGAUAGUGAUUCUGAUGACCCAUCAAGAUCCAAUGAUCCUGAUUCUGGCAACAAUGAUGAUUCGUCUGAGAAGAGUGGUGAGAAAGUGGGUGAUGGUGAUAAUGUUUUAGCUGCACAAAGUGUAAGUGCUGCACAAAGUUGGGUAUUGCAGGAACAGAUUGAGAAAAUAGGAGAUGGUACUCAUCCAUGUUCCACUUUAUUUAUUGCCAAUCUCGGGCCCAACUGUACUGAAGAUGAACUUAGGAAAAUUCUUUCACAGUACCCUGGAUUCAACACCCUGAAGGUUCGUGCUAGAGGUGGAAUGCCAGUUGCUUUUGCUGAUUUUGAGGGUGUUGAAGAAGCGACCCAGGUCAUGAAUGCACUUCAAGGAAGCUCAUUGCCUUCGUCAGAUCGGGGUGGCAUGCAUAUAGAAUAUGCUAGAUCUAAAAUGAGGAAGCCUUGAAUCACAUUACGGUAAAAAAAAAACUUAUAUUCUGGUGUCCAUUAGCUAUGACUUCAAUGCUCACAUAGAUUUAGUCCCUAAAUCAAAGCCUUUUCUAUCAUGAUAAGUGUCAAGUAUGAAACAGUGGAUUUUUGUCAAAGUAGUUCACGAAGAACUGAUAUAGGCCACCCAGUUAAUUUAUGCUAUCACUUCAUUAUUAAGUACAACUUGAAAGAUGAUAUCAGUUCCUUCCUUAAUCUCUGUAUCUGAAUUCGAAUAAUAUUUGUACAUUGCUAGAAACUGUUUUUUCCACCAUGCAAUGCAACACUUGUCAGGUCUACUUGGGAA